UUGAGGGUCUCCCUCACUCCAAUCUACGAAUACCGUGCUUUCAGCCCAUCAGAAAUCAAGAUGAGGCUCGCGUGGUAUGCAGGGGUAUCCACGGCCCUGGCGGCCACGGUCGUCGUGUCGGCCUUCCACCAACGAGCCAACUUCUAUUCGGCCAUGGUAUACCUCGCGCAAAGUAACUUUUGCUUGCUAGUCCUGGUCAACUUCAUCUACCUUAUUUACGGCACCAUGAUAUACGGCCUGCAACGACUUCUGUACGGCCCCUUGCGACAAGUCGAGGUCGAGCAGCUCUCAGAAAGAGCAUGGUUCGCCAUUACCGAAACAUGCCUGGCGAUGACGAUUUUCAGAGAAGAGAUUGGUGCAUGGUUUCUCGUCAUGUUUACCGCUCUGGUGACGGGCAAGGUCUGGGGAUGGAUCGGUGACGGCCGCGUCGAGGUACUCGAACAGCAGCCACCCACGAACCCGGGCCUCUUCCACACCCGACUUAGCAUUUCACUCCUCUUGAGCCUAGUCUACGACACUUGGCUGCUUCGAUACACUGUGAACACGGUAAUCCAGCAAGCGCGACCCAAUAUGAUGGUUAUGUUUCUCUUUGAGUUUGCCGUCUUAGCAACGUGUUCGGCACGGACAGGUAUUCGUUACUUGGUUUCGGUGAUGGAACAAAAUAUUGUCAAGACCCAGACGAGGCAGCGUCUAGAGGAGCGACGGAGACAGGUCCGCGAGGAGCGCGAGGAGCUACUCCGACAAAGAGAACAAGACGGUGGCGCAAGCGACGACGCGGACCUCCCGCGCGAGGAGGACAUUGACGAAAUGGAUAUUGAGGUUCCGGGAUGGGAGGCAAAGGGCCAGUGGAUUCUGAUUCUCGAUCUCAUUGCUGAUUGCGUCAAACUCGCCAUCUAUCUGGUCUUUUUCGGCAUCCUACUCACCUUCUACGGCCUCCCUAUCCACAUUAUGCGAGACCUUUUCAUGACUGCUCGCUCCGUCAUCAAGAGAGGCUCUGCCUUGUGGCGCUACCGCAAGGCCGUAGAGGACAUGAACAAGUACCCCGAUGCCACGCAAGAGGAGCUCUCGCGGGAAGACACUUGUAUCAUCUGCAGAGAGGAGAUGCGGCCAUGGGACCCUAAUUCUGGGGCGGUUGAACGUGUGCGCCCCAAGAAGCUGCCUUGUGGACAUAUCCUUCACUUUGGAUGCCUCAAGAGCUGGCUGGAGCGUCAACAAGUGUGUCCGACAUGCAGAAGUCCAGUCGUCGUCAACAACAACGCCGCGGCUCCUCAGAACCGCGAAGCCGUACUCGCCAGAAUCGGUCUCGGUGGACUCGGCGCCGCGCCUGCGGCUCCCGCCGGACCGCAACCACCUGGAGGCAACGCACCAGCUGCGCCCGGAGUUCAACCCGCUCAGCAGGCUCCCAGAAACGGUGCUGCCCGAGUAUUUCAGCUGGGCCCGCUACGCCUCGGUUUCGCUCAGGGUGAGAACAUGCAGCAGCUGGCCCAGCAAAUGGGUGUUCCGCCUGAAGCAAUCCCAACACCUCCUCAAGCAGCGCCAGCUGGGCCGUUUACGCCAGCUGUACAGACGCCGGGCGGUAACAACAUGACGGCGAUCCGUGGACAGAUACAGCAACUCGAGCAAAUGAUUCAGCGGGAGGUUCUGUCCCUGCAACACAUGCAUAAUGAGCUACAGACGCUCCAGCUCCUGACGGCAGAGCUGGGCCGUAUCCGUCGGCUGCAACAGCAACAAGAACAGGUACAGAAUAUACUGCACAAUGCCGGCCAAAAUGUCGCCGCCACCACGGCCGUCGAUGCUGGAGCCGCGCAGUUUCCGCCUCAGCUGCCCAUCCCACCCAUGCCAUUGGCGCAGUUGCCAAUCCAACAGCUGAGGGUUAACGCACCUGUGGUGACGAGACACGGAACGACAACCCAGUCCAACGCGAUACCCGCUGGCAGCGCCGAGCUUCCGGAGGGCGUCGUCAUCCCGCCGGGAUGGUCUCUUCUGCCUCUUCAGCGGCUGGACGGCGCCCCAGUUGCAGCUUCGCCCCAAACCUUCCCGGAGACUGCUCCGUCGACUUCUGGCGACAACCCCGAAGCACUGGCACACACGCAAGCCCAGCCUGCGCCUGUCCAAGUGACCGAGACGAGCAAUUCGGCCACGCAGGCCGCCUCCGCCAGCUCGACGUCUCAAGCGAACGAACCGGAGCCCAGGCAGGAAACUGUACAGGGCUCCAAUGCCCCGGCAGAACGGGUCGAGUCGCCAACCGUCCUCGCUCCAAACCCGGUACUGCCCAACUGGGGCGGUGCGAACCAGCUGUUCGGUAACGGCCGAGGCUUGUCCGGACUGGGUAACCCGACACCGUCCGAGUCGUCGACCGAGGAGCGCAGACGGGACGAGUCCGCGACCAGAAGCUCGGAGAUGGUGGCUUCGGCACAAGAGGAGAGCGCCGAGGACAGCAGCAAGGGGAAGGGCAAGGCCGUCACGGUUGAGGAGGCCGAAGACGACGAGUAA